CAACCAUCGCCCGGCACGCAGCAACAGCAGCAGCAGCAAGAGGGGAUGGAAUGACGGAAGGAGCAGCGAAGGAGCACACCAAAUCCCUCUAAUCCCCUCUCUUCUUAAAUCUUCCCCCUUGUUCUUCGUACACGAACCCCGACAGAUGUCUUUCCACAGCUAAUCCUUCUUUCCCCCUGUUGUUUUUCUCGUCUGAUCAUGGAGGCGGCGAAGAUACCUGGUGGCCGGUCAGAGGUUUCUCCGACAACCAGGGAGCCCGCACGAGCUUCGCUGUGGAAUUCCCAUGGCUUCGUGCUUACCUCCCCUCGGUAAUGUCUUCGAAUCAAGAUCGAUCUUUUUUUGUUUUUCUUUUCUUCUAACAAUUCUUUGAUUCUUUCACACAACCUUUUCUUCUUGAAACAAAAACUAAAGCAAGCAAGAAAGAAAGAACUCAAAUUCUUUACCGUCUCAUACAUUGUUUUCCUUAAAUUCUUUAAGCCAAUAUUACCUCUCCUCUCUUCUUGAAUUUGAAUUGCAACACCUGAAAGAAACACAUAGGCAGCUCCUCGAAGACAGAUAGGAAAAGGCUUCUUUUGUGUCGAGUUAUUCGCAUUUCUUUUCUUCUUCUAAUAAAGAUAGGAAGAAGAAGAAUAAUAGAUAUACUCACUGAUUACAAGGAGGAAAGAAUUAUUUGCGUUUUUAAUCUUCUUUUUUUGUUGUUGUAAUAACAAAGAAAAAUUGGAAGAGGAGUAGAGGAUGUUGGCUGGGUGCCCAUUGACGCUGCCAUCGCCGGGGAUUGACGCUUCUGUGCAGUUGCAACCUUACCAUUUCCAGCUGCAGGAGAAGAAGCACUGCCCUCCGCAGCAGACGAUGGGCACCCAGCGGCUUGACCUGCCCUGCGGCUUCUCGUCCCGGAAGGACCCCCUGCGGGCCGCCCUCUCCGGCGAGACGCCCUCGGCGGAGGCCCCAGGGACUAGCUGCUCCUUUAGGCAACACCCAGUAACACACUCUUCGUCGUCGUCGUUAGUGGCCCAGGCUGCUGCCCCUUGGGGAAGAACGGUGGAGGCCAUUGACGGCUUCAACGGCGGGCCGUGGGAGCAGAGGAGGAGCUCGAAGCGACUGCACGACAGGAUCACGUGCGGUGACUACCGCGCAAAGAGGACGAGGACAGUCGACGUCGAAGCCGAUGCAUGGCCGUCUCCGUCCACCGAAGAGCCUCCGCUGGUGGAGGCGGAGGAGGAGAGGGUCUUUCUUGUGCCCAAUGCAGCAAGCUUUCCACUUCCGGCGUUCUCCGGCCAUGACAGGUCGCGGUCGGAGUCGAGUUCCUCGUCCGGCGCAUUCAUCUGUUCUGGCAAUACGGCGACAUCGGAUGGGCCUCGUCUUCCUCCUGCCUCUGGUUUUGCUGGUUUUGGAGGUGAAGGAGAGGGUAUCCAGACGGAGCAGCAGGGUCUUGAGCUCGUGAGCUUGCUCACCUCCUGUACGGAGUCCAUGAGCUCGUCAAACUACGAAGCCAUGAGCUUCUUCUUAGCUCGACUCGGAGAGAUGGCCACCCCAUUCGGGACCCCUCUUCACCGGGUGGUCGCCUACUUCACCGAGGCCUUAGCACUUCGAGCCGCAAAGCUCUUGCCGCACAUCUUCUCUGUCGCUCCACCAAAGACCAUCACCGACCCGACCGACGACGACGACGAUGCCAUCGCACUGCGUCUCCUCGAUUGCGUCAGCCCCAUUCCCAAGUUUCUCCACUUCACCCUGAACGAGAGAUUGCUGAAGGCAUUCGAAGGAAAAGACAGAGUGCACAUCAUAGAUUUCGACGUCAAGCAAGGACUUCAGUGGCCGGCUCUGUUCCAGAGCUUAGCUUCCAGGCCGAACCCUCCCGGCCAUGUGCGGAUCACCGGCAUCGGGGAGUGCGGACCGCAUCUCCAGCAGGCAGGAGUCCGGCUCGCAGGGAUCGCAGAAUCCCUCGACCUUCCCUUCGAGUUCCAUCCGGUGGUGGACAGGUUGGAAGACAUCAGGCUUUGGAUGCUUCACGUGAAGAGGGAAGAGUGCGUGGCGGUGAACUGUGCUCUAACGAUGCACAAGACGCUCUACGACGAGAGCGGGAAGGCGUUGACGGACCUGCUGGGUCUGAUAAGGAGCACGCGCCCGGAGAUCGUCGCCAUGGCAGAGCAAGAAGCGAAGCACAACGAGCCUAACUGGGAGACGAGGCUCGCCGGAUCGCUCAACUACUACGCUUCCGUCUUUGAUUCCAUGGAACAUGCUCUGCCUGUGGACAGCCAGGCCAGGAUCAAGAUCGAAGAAGCCUUUGCUAAAGAGAUCAGGAACAUAGUCGCGCGUGAAGGAAGUGAGAGGACGGAGAGGCACGAGAGCUUCGAUAGGUGGAGGAAGCUGAUGCAGGAUGGUGGGUUUCGAUGCCUGGGCAUCGGAGAGGGAGAGCAGAGCCGCAUGAUACCAAGGAUGUACUCCUGUGAGAACUACAGCAUCCAUGAGCAAGGAGAAGGUGAUGGCCUCACCCUCAAGUGGCUGCACCAGCCUCUGUACACAGUCUCUGCAUGGGCUCCUGCGGAUGUCACGGACGGCCCCUCCACCUCUCAGCCAAACUAGGUGACUUGUGCAUCAGCUUGCUUCUCUCUCUCUCUCUCUCUCUCUCUCUCUCUCUCUCUCUUCAGCAGCUUUCUCUUGCUCUCCAAAACCAUGCAAGGUUUGGUCUUUUCCAUCUACAACAUACAACAUACAAAAUUCUUUUGGUCAUUCUUUUAUUUUUCUCUUGUUACAGAAAGUCCAAAAUGAUUGUAACUUAGUUCUUCAGCAGAAAAUUGUUGUCUAAUAAAUUUUUAUUCUU